AUGGCAAUUAAGGAUUUACAUACAAAAAGUACUACAAAAUCUUCUGGAAAAGAAAAUGCUUCCAAGGCACAUCGUCCUUAUGAAUGUCCUUUUUGUCCGAAGGCGUUUUACCGUUUGGAACAUCAGACUCGCCAUAUUCGAACACAUACUGGAGAGAAGCCUCAUGCAUGUACGUUCCCUGGCUGUGCAAAGAGAUUUAGUAGAUCGGAUGAGUUGACUCGGCAUGCAAGGAUUCAUGCUAAUUUGCAUGCUAAGCGGGAACAUAUGCAAUUUAUGCAUACUAAUCCUGCUGCAUAUGGUGUUCGGAGGCCUAUUGUUUCUCCUGUUCAGGGGUAUCAGCAAUAUGCUUUUCCAGGAUUACCUUAUGCUAAUGUUAUGUCGCCUGCACAUAUUCCAGCGUGCUCCGGUGGAUGUGUUUAUGGGUCCAGUGCUCCUCAGAAAGCACCUGUAAUGCAUUCACAGCUGAUGCCUGUACCACUUGAUGAUAUGCAUGUUUUGGCUGCUGCUGCUUUUCAGCAGCUUGAAAAAAGAAACUCAUCUGAGAUCCAUGCUUCGAACGAAAGUGUUUCCUCUCAUUCUUGUUUACAGCGUAAUUGUUUAGAUGAGCAGCAAAAUGGAUCAUCUCUUUUAUAUGAUGAUUUCUUGAAACACCGCUUUUCGGAGCGAUUGAGACUAAAUUCAUCAUGUUCAGCUGCUUCUCCAUUAUAUUAUUAUAAAUCAUGUUUUCCAGCUCUAGAUUAUUCUUUUGAUAACACCAAUGCAUUCACCAGACUUUUAUUUGGAUGA